CCUGCUUUGCGAGGCUUUCUGUUAAGGAUGUUUUGUGGCUUUUGUUUGGAUUGCAGCAUGCAGAAUUACAGCUGUUCAGAGGAGACUCAUUACAACUCCUGCUGAAGCUAAUUUUCUUCCCUUGUCUUCUGCCCCUACCCCCUACCCUCAUUGGCCUGAAGACAUUGUACCCAGACUUUGCCUUACUCCCUUGGCACUAUGUACACGGUAAACGUGGUACUGUGGCCGCAUCUGGGACUGGCCAGACAACUGCUGCUGGCUCUCCCUAUUCCAAGGACUUAAAGGGGAAUUGCACUGCAGGCAAUGCAUCAGAGCAGCAGCAUCGCGAGCCUGGGGACUGAGGCUCCUUGGGCAUUAUUACAAACACACAAAGCUGACCGCAAUGACAGCAGCUGCUCCUUUGAACUGUGGGCAACGGCCACGGGGCAGCAUGAAGUGAGAGAUCACUCCUGAGCUCAAGAUGAACUCCACCUUGGAUGGUAAUCAGAGCAGCCACGCUUUUUGCCUCUUGGCGUUUGGCUAUUUGGAAACUGUCAAUUUUUGCCUUUUGGAAGUGUUGAUUAUUGUGUUUCUAACUGUAUUGAUAAUUUCUGGCAACAUCAUUGUGAUUUUUGUAUUUCACUGUGCACCUUUAUUGAAUCACCACACUACAAGUUAUUUUAUCCAGACUAUGGCAUAUGCUGACCUCUUGGUUGGGGUCAGCUGCCUGGUUCCUUCUUUAUCACUCCUCCACUACCCACUUCCAAUAGAGGAGUCCUUGACUUGCCAGGUGUUUGGUUUUAUAGUAUCAGUUCUGAAGAGUGUCUCCAUGACCUCUCUGGCCUGUAUCAGUGUUGAUAGAUAUAUUGCCAUCACUAAACCUUUAACCUAUAACACCCUGGUUACACCCUGGAGACUACGCCUGUGUAUUUUCCUCAUUUGGCUAUAUUCCACACUGGUCUUUCUGCCUUCCUUUUUCCACUGGGGCAAACCUGGGUAUCAUGGAGAUGUGUUUCGGUGGUGUGCAGAGUCCUGGCACACGAACCCCUACUUCACCCUGUUCAUCGUGAUGAUGUUAUAUGCCCCGGCAGCCCUCAUUGUGUGCUUCACCUAUUUCAACAUCUUUCGCAUCUGCCAACACCACACAAAGGAAAUCAGCGAAAGACAAGCUCGGUUCAGCAGCCAAAGUGGGGAGCCUGGGGAGGUGCAGGCCUGUCCUGACAAGCGCUAUGCCAUGGUCCUCUUUCGGAUUACUAGUGUGUUUUACAUCCUCUGGUUGCCGUACAUCAUCUACUUCUUGUUGGAGAGCUCCACUGGCCGCAGCAACCGCUUCGCAUCCUUCUUGACCACCUGGCUUGCUAUUAGUAACAGUUUCUGCAACUGUGUCAUUUAUAGUCUCUCCAACAGUGUCUUUCAAAGGGGACUAAAGCGCCUCUCAGGGGCCAUGUGUACUUCUUGUGCAAGUCAGGUCGUAGCUAAGGACCCUUACACAGUAAGGAGCAAAGGCCCUCUUAAUGGAUGCCAUGUCUGAAGUAGUUCAUAUACUGGGUCACUGUGUGUGCAUGUGUUUCUUUUAUCUCUCUUUGUAUUCCUGGCUCACUAGAAAAUCUGGGACAAGAUAAUUUGACUCUAAGCAAUAGGAAACAAAUGAUCAAUCCAAAACACCUUCGAAGUUUGCAGAAAUGAUUUUCUUAAAAAGUACUUUUAUAUCAGAAGAAUCAGGACCGUGAAAAUAAAUUGCUCUUGGUUCCAAUUUUUGUAAUGUCAUGGAAAUGACUACACUUCUCAGAUUUAAAAUGAAUAAAGUCAUAUCUAACACCUCUCCAGUUGGCACCACCAAACCUGGGUGUGAAAAGCGUCAGCAUUUUAAAAAGUCAUCGCUUUCUAGUUGCUCUUCUGGGUGCUUUCCAGUUGUUUGGGCUUCAUAUGCAAUUGAUUUCUUUUAACAGGGGAUAUUAAAAUGCAGUGAUGAAUUACCAGGGUUUUAACAUUUUGUUUAUAUAUGUCAAAGUAUAACACUGCAAGUUUGAACAGUGUCAUUUAGAAAUUCAAAUGUUUUAUGUCUUAUUCUCUUGAGAGAAUUCUCAAUACAGUGAAUAAUGAGGACACUUAAAUAUUAAUUUUAGAAUUUUGCAAUGAACCAUGAUGCAAAAGCAUAGUCAAAUACUAGACAAUUUACAGAAAUCUGAGCUGUUUUGUGCCAUGCUUUAUGGAGAUCUAAAGAGAUGUGUGCGUAGGAAGUGAUUCUGUUGCAGUAAUUCUGCGCAUACUUUUGUGUGUGUAUGUAUUGAGAAUAUUUGAAUUGAAUUAGAUUUCUCUUUUACAGUAAAAUGUAUAUUUAACUAGUUCAUUUUUAAAACAGAAGGGGAUUAGUUGAGAUAUUCUCUUUGUGGUUAAAUGGAAUCAACUAAUGAAGUAGCAAGUAGUUCUCUUUCAAAGCAUUCUUUUAGUUAGUGUUAAAGAAUCCACAUUUUGAUAAGAGAAAUUCUUAUUUAUCUAUGUCUCUUAUUGUCAUUCUCUUUUAGGAUACAGUUCUUUCCUUAAUAGUCUUUUUCUUUUUAAGCCAAAGUACUAGCAAAAUCUAUAAGAAUUUUUUAUUCUCUGUAAUUAUUAAUUGAGAAUGCUGUGUGUUUAUAUGUGGCAGUGAUGUUUUGUUCUUAAAGUGAG